CGCUAUCUGCACAGGUGAACGGACAAUCACUACUCGUUCCUGCCCGACUCACUGUGUUGUGUACACCAAACAGUGACGUGAUAAACCAAUCGAUAACGUAAUACACCAAUUACUGACGAAAUACACCAAUCAAAGACGAGACACAACAAGUACUGACGUGGUAACCAAUCAGUAAUACUACUAGUGUCGUGAUACGCAAACAACAAUGGCAUCAGGGAAAGUCGGGCUGGCGUUAUUAGGACUUGGUCGGAUUGGACAGGUACAUCUGAAGAUUAUUCUUUCAAGUCAACGCACUGAUUUGUUGUGGGUGGUGGAAGAAAAUAUGGAACUGGCCGAAAAGGUAUUGAAAGAGAAUGGACUAUUGGGAAAACUCAGAAUAGUUCCGAACAACAAGUUUGAUGACAUCUUACUGGACCCCUUAGUACAAGGAGUGUAUGUGUGUUCCCCGACAGACACACAUACAGCUCUCGUCAGGAAGGCACUGGCCGCACGGAAAGCCGUUUUCUGCGAAAAGCCGCUCUCAGAAAAAUUGGCGGAUAUUGAAGCUUGCUACGAUGACGCCGAAAAAUUCGGAGCUACAUUGUUCUGUGCAUUUAACAGACAUUUUGACUUCGGUAUCCGGAGUAUGUAUGAGAAGGCUCGGUCGGGGGGUUUAGGUAAGAUAUACAUGGUGAAAACGACGUUCCACGACACUCCACUGUGGAUGGGGGCACCUACUUUUACCCAGACGUUUCUCAUCCACGACGUCGACCUGUUGUGCUGGUUUGCAGAUUCUCUUCCCGACACGGUCGUAGUUCAAGCUACUGCUAACAUUAAGGAAGUGGCGGAUCAAUCUGAUGUUGACACCGUUGGUGUUUUGAUGAGGUUCCCUUGCGGUAUGCUUGGUAUCCUGGACUUCUGUAAAUAUUCCCCCUACGGCUACGACGUCAGACUAGAGGUCUCCGGGUCGAAAGGAAUGGAGGUAACUGAUGCCAAACCCAUUUCGUUUGUGAAGACCUUGAUACCAGGUGUUCAAUGUCAGGAGCAGAUACAUUCGUCAUUUCCAGAUAGGUUUCAUCAGGCUUACGCAUCCGAACAGGAACAUUUCCUGGACGUUAUCGAAGGGAAGGCGGAGUUAGAGGUGAAGCGAGUCUUUUCCGAGAGGGCAGCCAAAGUAAUAGACGCUUUGAAGGAGUCGUACAGAACUGGACAAGUAGUUUCCCUCAAGAAAUAAACAAUAAAUAUAUUACAGUCACCAAAACAAGUUUCAGUUACAUUCUCACGACUCUUUGUAGUCACAAUGUCAUAAAAUAUUAUUACCAAGAUUUUGUUAUUUCAAAAAGAGAUAAAUAUAUACCAUUUUUUUAAAUAAACAAUUCUAAAGAACGUAUGUACCAUUGACUAUCAAACUUCUUUUAUACAUUUUGUAGCUCUCGUGUAAUAUAUAUAUGUGCCGUUUGUCUUAGAUGAAGCAGAAAACCGAUAUAAGCGAAACACAUGACCCUUAUUCUCCCUGUAAAAAUGAUACUCAUGUAAAAAAGAAUGUAAAAAAUAUACGUGUCUCAACGGAAUUAUGAUGUUUGUCCGUCUGUCCUUUAACUUGUCCGAACAGUUAAAGUUCUUCCUCAGGUUUCGCCUAAUUUCCUUGAAAGAACCAACAUAGAAUACAACCAUCUUCUUUCGGAAACAUGUUGAUCUUAUAUUCAUAAACAGAGCUUUCAUCAUUUAUAAUCUUAAACAAGAGCUAGAACCAUGAUUAAUAGCAAUAUAUUAUAAUAAAAGACAACGCUCUAAAUUUU